ACAUAAUAUGAACAGUGUUAUGAAUAAAAUUAUAUUAGAAUCCAUCGAAUGUAAAAAAUCAUGUUUUUAUCGCCUAAAGCCGUCAUUAAUGGCUGGUGUGGUUUUACUACGCGGGAGAGAACUGAGAAGUGGUUUUCUCGGAACGAAGGUGAAUACAUAACGCUGGUUACUUUAUUAUUAUUACUAUUAUUAUUAUUUUAUUUCGUGUGUGUGUGUGGUGUUCGUUCGUACCUGCAUCGCUCACAAUCAUUCGCGACUGAAAGGUCUACAAACCGCACGUACAACAUGGACGUAAGACUCGUCGCCAUUAUUUUUUGCCACAUCGCUCUUCUGAGUGGCCAAUCCAACAGGAAACGACCGGCCACGACGACGAUCGCACCCCGGCGGCCAAUCAUCGAGGACGACAGCGAAGCGGCUGGCGAACAGCUAGAAAGCGAGUGCCCCGAACCGGACGGUUUCUUCGCAGACGCAACCCAAUGCGACAAGUAUUACGCAUGCUCGAACAACAAGAUCACCGAGAAACUGUGUCCGGAUGGUAUGGUGUUCAACGAUUACAGUUCGGCGCAAGAGAAAUGCGACCUGCCGCUGAACAUUGACUGUUCGCAGCGACCCGCUCUACAGGAACCUAAACCAUCUGAACACUGCCGAAGACAAAAUGGUUAUUUUGCUCAUGAAAAUCAAAAAAUUUGCGACAAAUUUUAUUACUGCGUGGAUGGUAAAUUUAACGCGAUCACGUGUCCGGCUGGUUUAGUGUACAAUGAGAAAACUGGCAUUUGCACGUGGCCAGAUGAAGCCAAGAAAAAAGGAUGUUCAUCACAAGAUGUAUUCAAUUUUCAAUGCCCCAACGUAACUAUGGAAAUCGCAUUGCAACAUCCCAGGUACGCAAACCCUGAAGACUGUCAGUUUUUUUAUGUAUGUGUCAACGGUGACACGCCAAGGAGAAAUGGCUGCAAAAUGGGACAGGUGUUCAACGAAGCGUCAGGAAAAUGCGAUUGGCCGAGAAAUGUUCCCGAGUGUGCCGACUGGUAUAAAGGCGUAUUGACUGAUGAAGAGCUCUACAAUCUCGAAAAUCCAAAACCAAAAGAUUCGGCCAAAGACAAAGAGGCGGCAGCAAAUAGACGAAAGCCAUCGAGACCUACAACCACGAGACGAACAUUCGCACAAGACGAAGAAUAAAAGAAACUAAUUGUUGUACUGUAAUUCGAUAUUUCCAAUAAUUGUAUCAGGAAAACUGAUCUCAUUCGAACAUUAGGUCGAAAUUAAAAAUAAAUGAUAUAUUUUCACUUAAAA